AUAUUGUCAUGGCUGCUGCAACAACGCAUGCAAUGAGCAAUCCUGAUCUCGUCCGCGAGAUCAUACAAUAUCUAUCUCCUAAAGAAACCGAAGGCGAUGUCACAAGGACUAAUAUGCGGGCUUUAGCGUGCUGCUCUCGCGUGAACAAGACGUUUUCAGUCAACGCCUUGGAUUUCCUCUGGGAGCAGCUCGACUCCCUCCUUCCUGUCUUGAAGUUGCUUCCAUCAUUCGUGCUGAAGGAACGCCACUUUCACAAUGAAUCGAUCGAUUUUUCGGACGACGAAGAGGAUACUGAUACCGACGCGGAUGACGGUGAACUUAUUUACUACUUAGAGGACAUACCCACAGCACAGGAAUGGGCUCACCUCCAGCAAUACGCGGAACGCGUGCGUGUACUGGAGCUCAACAGCGAAAGCUCGACUCUGCCCGCUGUUCUCUCUCUGUUGUACUACCAUAACGGAGGUCGAUUCAUCUUACCUAGGCUGAAAUGUCUCGACUGGCGAAUCACCUCAAUCAGCGCCAGCACCUUAAUUUUGGCUCUAGUCCCACCCUCCUUACGCACCCUCACCAUUGACUUAAUGGACUUCGUGGACGACGCAUUUGGCGAAACAGCAACAAUCAGAAUGUUGUGGCGGUUCAUUGUCGCCGCCGUUCCUGGAUUGGAAGAAGUAACGCUGCUUAAUGUUCCACCAUCUUUCGAAUUGAUGCCAAUCAUCAAGUGCACUCAACUGCGCUCAUUGAACUUCGAUUAUGAAUAUAAUGUCGGCGGGGAUGAUACCCUGUGGAGAGCUUUAUCCUCUUUGUCGGCCCUUGAAGCUAUCGAAGGCAACUUCAAAUUGGUGGAGGACCUUCCUGAGGGUGAGGAAGGCUUCUUUGCAUUGCGAGAAGUAGCGCUUCGUGGCGGCGUCAGAGACGUGAAUCGCCUCAUAGAUACCAUAUCUUCUCGACACGUGGAGUCUUUCUCCUAUAAACUUCAUUACGGCAAGGAGGAUCUCGCAGCCUACCUUCUACUCUUGACAACCGUCUGCACAAAAUUCGGCUCAUCCUUACGAGUAAUCAUCACAAACGUCAUGUUCGACGCUGACUCAGUGGCGUCCCUCGACCCUUUCGGGCAUGUUAUUCAGCCGUUAUUUUCCUUGCGUACCCUUGAAGAUAUAUCCUUCACAUUCCACGGAUGCAGCCUUCCGUUAUCGGACAAGGAUAUGCGCGAGAUCGCCAAAGCGUUUCCAGGACUCAAAACGUUCACCAUCAUUCUCACCGGUCGCAUGCAUGAAAUCGUCCCGUCCAUUGAGACACUUAUGGAAUUUGCUCGACGCUGUCCACGCCUCGAAUAUCUACGGCUCCCUGCGAUACACUUUGCGAAUUUCUCGACAAAACGAAAAUUCAGGCAUACCUCGCACGGACUACGGCGUCUGAUCAUCGGGCAGCCUGAAUUUCGCAUGCAAAAGCCCGGUGUUGUGGCACGCUUCCUCGAUGCUGUAUUCCCGAACAUCAAGGCGGAUGAGACGGUUCAUAGUUUCUCGGGUUCCGUCCACGACGCUUACGGCUGGGAUACAGUCGUGCCCCUGCUGAAAGCACGCCAAGCAUCGCGACGCUCUCGGCAGUCCAGAGAAUCCGAAGUUAAGGACGAUGGUAAAUGUGAGCAUCUUCCUACUUGCCGUUACUUGACGCUGGAGAACGAGGCACAUUAAGAUUCAUUGCUUAGUAUUUCCACGCCAUGCAAGUCUUCAGUCCUCAUCGUACCUGGUCGAGGACAUUCAUGCUG